AUGAAAGAAUGUCCAAUUUCUUAUGAUAAAUAUUAUUUACAAUUAUUGCCAACAAUUAAAGAUCACCGUGAGCCUUCACUGAUGUAUAUGGAACAGUUUCAUCCAGUCGAGUCAAAAGAUAAUGCGAUUAUUCAAGCAAAAUAUAUCAUAGCGAAAUUUGAAGGUUUUCGAUGGGCAUAUAAUAUGCAAAAGGUUUCUGUUCUACAUCUUUCGAUUGAAAAUUGUAAAAAUUUAAAAGAAUUAGAAAUCGAUUCUGCUUUGAUUAUGAUGAAGUUGGGAUUUCAGGACACCUCAAAUUGA